UCCUCUCACAAUUCACAAACAAUCCCGCCACCCGCAAGUGUCAAAUAUUUUAUCUUUAGCCUUCUUUUUGUUGUCCUUCUUCCCGGCAAACGGAAACAAAACCCUCUACAGUCUGUGCAUUUUGUACCAAGACUUCAUUUGGCUGAGGCUGACAAAGAAACAAUGUCAGACUAUUACCCAAAUGUUAUUAUCUUCGAUAUCCUGUCACGGCUGCCGGUGAAGUCUCUCAUCAGAUUCAGGUGCGUUUCUAAGUCCUGGUUCUCUUUAAUUUCCAGCCAUGACUUCAACACAGAGCACCACAAUCGGACUCUCUCAAACACCACCAAAGACUCACCCUACCUUCUCUUUAGUCAUUACGAUCUAAAAAUGAAGAAAGUGCGCUUCGCUUUUCUCUCUUCUGAUGAUCCAUUCCCUCUUAAACAUUUUUCCAAACACAUAGACUGCAAGCUGAAGCUGGGUGUCAGCGAUGGCGGCCCAAUCCCAGACCCUCCCAAUCGGCGUAUUCUUAUGAAACAAGCGGAAAAGAGAGGGUUUUUCGCAUACCCAUCAGAUUUUGUAGAGUUACCUUCCCCAUACCAGAGCCCUAUGAACAGAUUGUUCAUAGCUGGUUCAUGUAAUGGCCUAGUUUGUCUGGCGGAUGUUGCUCCCAGUGGCGACCAUGUCGUUUUACUAAUUCUCUGGAACCCUUCUAUACGUAAAGCCAUAUCCCUUCCUCCAAGCCCUGUUGUUAAUGUCCCAGUUUUUUAUAAGGCUGUGGACCAUCUGGGGUUUGGCUAUGACCCCAUAACUGAUGAUUACAAAUUAGUGAGACUUGUGUACCUUCAAGGUGGCUUUAGUCAUAAUGAAUAUGAAACAGAUCCACCCACAGUUCAAAUUUAUACGCUUCGCACUGGUGCGUGGCGCACCAUUCCCGGCCGUGGUUCUCGGUUUAUAAUUGUAGAGAAGUUCUCUUUGGGGUUUGUGAAUGGAUCAGUACACUGGUUUGCGGAGGACGAUAAUGACAGUGACGAUGAUGAUGAUGACGAUGCCAUGGUACGCAAUAUGAUCAUCUCAUUUGACAUAAAGGAUGAGGUUUUUCAUGAAAUGGCUGUGCCUAAGUGUCUUGAAGGAAGGUUGGAAUUGAAGAUGAAGGUCGCGGUGCUUGGUGGGUUGCUUGCACUUGUCCCCUGUAACACUGAUCUAGAUUUUUCAGUCCCCUGUUACUCAGUUUGGGUGAUGAAAGAGUAUGGAGUAGUGGAAUCUUGGACCAAACUAUAUGAUAUUAAGGUUGGCGAAGACUUAGAGAGUGUGGUAGGUUUUACAAAGAAUGGUGAAGUUCUAGUGAGUAUGGCUGGAAAGUUGCUUUCUUUCAAUCCCAGUAGCCAACGAACUUUGAAUGUUCACAUUCAUUCUGAAUAUGUGUCAUUUUAUUUGGAUACUUACAUGGAGAGCCUUGUCCUAUUGAAUGUGGAAGAUGGUGUUCUGCGAAAGCAGGCAAAUUCACUGAGUACUAGUAAUGGAAGAGGUGAACAUGAAGAAAAACGCAAGAUAAGGUUGGGGUCAGUUUUAAGUAAGCAGGAAAAGGUAAAUCCUAAAGCAUCAAACUUACAGAAGAAUGGAUGUUUGAAAGCCCUUCAAAUUUCUUCUAACACACCAGCCCCAAACAGGGAGGAAAAGCGUGCCCUAGAUGAGGAAUCUGCCAAUAAUGGUGUUCCUAUUCACUUGGAUAGUGAUGGUUGCUACACUCCAAACAUGGACAGUCUACCUCAGACUGUGAAUGAUACAAAUAUUGAGAACCAAAUCCAACAUGCUAAAAAACGUCCCAUCCAAGAUACAAGUGGCAAGGGGAAGAAGGUUGCCAAGAAAGAGGAUAGGAUAAGUGAGGUGACUACUAUAAAGGAACAUACUGCAAUGACAACAGAAAGGUUUCAUGCUAGAAGGGGAAAGGCAAGCAGUAGCUUUGAGCAUUUUGCUCAAUCAGUCGGUGGUGGUGAUCCUUACUCCCUAUCGAAAGCUAUUGACGUCCUAAAUCAGUACGAAUACCUUGAUAACUACUCAUAUGUUAAGGUCACCAAGGUUCUUCAACAGAAAGAGGAUAGACUGGUGUUCAUGGGCAUGCCAGAGCAUAGGAGGAAGGCAUGGAUGGAGGAAAUUGCGCACCCAAAGGAUUGAUUACAUUUGUUGUUGUUUGGUUAUGUAAUUUGGUUUUCAUGGAUUUAGAUGUACUGUUUAAAACAUAUGUAUUGUUUCUUGAACAAACUUGGAUUGUUGCUUAUUUUCUUGCUAAGUUGAACACUUCUAUAUUUAUGUUAUUUCUUGCUAAAUGUAGUGAACUUUGCGCGUUGGUUUGUCA